CCUCUGAGAGGCGUCACUUCCUUUUUCCGGUGUCUGUGCUGGGAGGCGACGUGUCUUUGGAGCAGGAGCUGAAGCGCUCGACGAAGAAAGAAGCCGUUAACCAUGGAUCAAGUAAUGCAGUUUGUGGAGCCCAGCCGGCAGUUUGUGAAAGAUUCCAUCCGGCUUGUUAAAAGAUGCACAAAGCCAGACCGGAAAGAAUUCCAGAAGAUUGCCAUGGCGACAGCAAUAGGUUUUGCAAUAAUGGGAUUUAUUGGUUUCUUCGUAAAACUGAUUCAUAUCCCUAUCAACAACAUCAUUGUGGGUGGUUGAAUGCACAGGAAGGACUUGCUCCUUGGUAUCGCACGUGGUGACAUAAGGAAACAUUGCGUCCUGGCUUAAUAAUUCACCUUGUUAACGGCAUCUUUUUACUACCUGCUAAUAUAAAUUGGGUUUGAAACUGAAA